UAUAUACAGGAGAGGAGAGUGGAGGGUAUGACAGUGAUCGGUAUGUACAGGAGAGGAGUGUGGAGGGUAUGACAGUGAUCAGUAUGUGCAGGAGAGGAGUGUGGGGGUAUGACAGUGAUCGGUAUGUACAGGAGAGGAGUGUGGAGGGUAUGACAGUGAUCGGUAUGUACAGGAGAGGAGUGUGGAGGGUAUGACAGUGAUCGGUAUGUACAGGAGAGGAGUGUGGAGGUAUGACAGUGAUCGGUAUGUACAGGAGAGGAGUGUGGGGUAUGACAGUGAUCGGUAUGUACAGGAGAGG